GCCCGUUUCUUCUCGCGCGCGUACAGCCGCCGGUUUAAAAGUUCCUCUCCUUCAGUCGCCGUUCGCCAACGCGACGGUAUCGCACCAUCGUCGCUGUCGCGCCGCGCCCGCGAUCGUUCUCCAUCCUCGCACGCGCGCUCGCGCACGCACGCACGCUCGCGAGCGGGUGUUCUCUCUUAAUCGAGCCGAAUUUUUUUUUUUGCCGAUCGGCGAUCAUCUCGGUGCUCCAGAUAAUCGAUCGCUCCGCGUGCGCGCGAGGUGAAAGUAGGAACCGGGUUGGAUGGAUCUUUAAUAGCGGUCGGAAUCGGUCCACGCACUCAAGUGUCCGAGGACUGAGACAGACAGACACAGAGAGAGAGAGAGAGAGAGAGAGAGAGAGAGAGAGAGAGAGAGAGAGAGAUGCGCGAGUGUACGUGCGUGAUGUGAAUACCGCAAAGUUAACGCCAGGGAACAUUACGAUCCCUUCGAUUUUCAGUCCCGCCUCGUUACGGGUCGCGAGAGACGCAGAUCGGAGAACGGUGAUCUUGAUCGCACGACACAUCCGGAUUUUUGUCCCCGAUUAAUCAUGCGGCCGCAUGGGCACCGGUGACCGAAGGAAGGGACAGAUCGGACCCGGUCCCGUCCAAGCAACCGACAUACAGCGAACGCACGACCGGCGCGACCAGGAAGCGGAAGUACCCGAUAUGAUCGCGACGACGGGCGUGUCCUUAGUCCGCACGAUUUCGGCGCCCUCGUGACACACGAGUCCUUGGAGCUUAGCGCUGCCUCGCCAAGUCGUCGAUGACUCGAUCAUGAUCUCUGCGACGAGGACGCGUAUCUGGUCCUACGCCGGUUCGAGUUAACCGCCACCCGAGAGAGAGACUUACCGUCCGCGAGCGGGGGGGCGAAUUCAGAUCGCGUGGUGUGUCGCGGGGAAAUCCACCCCCGCCGAACGCGAGAGAAAUGGCGUUGGUGAAUUUCAGUUUGCCCUAUCAGUCGGUGACGACGGCACCGUUCCUUUACGCGGGCUCGACCGGGGGCCACGCGACCGCCAACAACCUUCGUCUGAACGCCGUGCUACCACCGGGAUCCGCGUCCGGUUACAACGAGCGGGAAGACUUUCGUAACGAGCCCUACGCGCCGCCGGCCAAGUACCAUCAGCAUCGACGCGGCCAGUCGACGCAGCAGAGGAGCCACGAGAUUUACACGGAGCACACGUCCUUCUCGUCGCAGGACUCUCGUUACAAUCCCGCGUACAAUCAGGAUUUUAGAAGAACGCAGCCGAGGCAGCAGCAGCAACAGCAACAUGAACAGCAACAGCAACAUCAACAGAUGAGACCGCCUCCGCCGCCGUCGUCGUUCCAGCAUCAGCGCACGUCUGAACCCGUCAAAAGUCGGAUAGAGGAGCAGGACAACUUUCCGGAAAGACCCCUCGGCUACACGAGGGUCAAUGGCGGGAGCUCCGUCGGCCCGGGUACCAAGACUUCGGUCCACGCCGUGCUGGACUACGAUGACGACUUCGACGACUAUUACGACGACGAGGAUCAGAACGUACCGGCGAACGCGCACGUCACGCCUAUCCAGGGCCCGAUCUUCCUGAGGAACGGCUCCGUGCCCGUGGUACCCCUGUACUCGUAUCCCCAGCUGAACAACGGGACGUUCGUGCAGAUACCGAUCCUGUGGACCGCGCUUUCGGUAGCUCUGGGUGUCGAACUGAGGGGAGACUUGGUACGAGGCGCACCAUGCAUCAAGAGAUAUCAUCAGUUGUUCUGCCCGACCGCCGGGAAUACAUAUCCAAUAGAACGGAUAGAACGUUUCAUCGACGAAAAUAAAGCGUUGAUGAAAAGGAUGUACGGUGAUUUUGAGAUGAGUCCGGAACACGGGAAUCACGGGUUGAGCGAACGCGGGCAUCACACUAGAACGCGAAGAAAAAGUAGAGAAGCGCGAAGGCACGAUAUCCCGGACGGCGGGCCCAGGGAUGAUGAAUCGCGCGCAGAAGGCGAGGAGUAUUUUAGCAAGAACAGAAACAUCAGAGAGUCCCUCGGGAAAAACCGCAGCACAGAGAGCGGCAGAAUCGACGCGUGCGAGUCAAAAGUCGAAAUUGUGACUCCUUACUGGGCCAGCAACAGCGCCGGAAAGAUUCGCGCCAUCGUGAACACUCAACAUUUCGAGCAAGCGAUACACCAAGAAGUGUGCUCGAAAACGCAAACGAAUCGUUGCAGCGGCGACUGCGGGUGCGAGCAGAAGUACAAGUGGCACAGGUUGCUCGCGUACGACCCGGACAACGACUGUAAGGGUAUAUUCAUGGACUGGUUCCUGUUCCCCUCUUGCUGCGUAUGCCGAUGCGAUCCCGUCCGCAGCAGUAAGUUUCCCUCACCCGGUGGCCGAAACUGAUUCACAGCGAUAAUUGACACAGAGAUCGACAGUCCUACGCGACGUGCCAUGUAAACUCUGACGGUUCGUUCAUUCUCCAACCCAUUUAGGCGAUUAUCAUAAGGACUGUUGACACCCAGUAACCUGUGAUAAGAUAAGGUGUGCAAUAGGUAGGCGCGAUUUGCGUAUCGGCCAAUUUCAGCGAUCCAUCAUCUAGACUUAUAAGAAUUAGGGACGCUUUACAACGUUUAAGAGUUGAUGAGGGACGCCUCGGCUGACGUUCUUCGUCGAUAAGUUAAUCAAAUUAUUGACGAGCUGAUCAUAAGGAAUGUUAGCUCGCCAAUGAGGUAUCGCUCCUUUCUACUCUUCUUCUCAAAUAUGUACGACUUAAUUGUUUAAUCAUGCCUUUUUCUAUGUUUUGCGAGUUUUCCUUUGCUUUGUAUAGUACAAUCUGUUAAGACGACAGUCGUUGCUACUUUCUCGACUUAUUAAAAGUGUUAUUAUUAAAACUGAAAUCUAAUUGCUAACUUAUAAUAUCAAUACCGUGGUAGAAAACAAGAAAUUGCUAUGCUGUAGAGCAAAAUCGUUACCAUACGUUUAGACUGGUCAGUUUGCUCGGAAGAUUCCGGCCGAUCAGCGAUUAAUGAUUUGUCCAUCGAAACUGAGAAAUAAAUUUGCACGAUGGAUGUAAGUGUAGCGACGUUCGUUCGAUUGUUGUAGAAUGCCUGUCGGUAUAUCAUUACGCAGUAAAAAUAUACAUUGGUACUUCGA